AUGGAAUCGGUUGGACCAGUCACUGUGGCUUCGUACAGGAGAAGACAUCAGCUCGUGGAGGAGGUGCCAGGACUGUACAUUCGGCGCCUCACGCUUGAAGACCCCAGGAGCACGAGGGAACCCUCGAGUUCAAGGUCACAGUCCCCGGCACGCCAUAUCUGUCAUCCUACCACCGGUUACGUGCCCUCCUCUAGAAGAUCCUCCAGUUACAGGUCGUGGUUGGAGAGGAUCCGGAAGGAGAGACCACCGUUCCUGACGAUCGUUUCAUUGGAACUGCCAGAAUGCUCGGUUCCUCUGAUCGAGUCACAAGCUAGCUCGCGAAGGACGAGGCUCGAAAACUCGACGGGUUCGAUCGAAUCCAAGGACGAGGUUCUGAAGGAGCUUCUGGAGAAGGUCACGGUGACUGGAAAGGUAGAAGGAAGGGUGGAGCCACGUGGAGCAAGGAAGAGAUCAUCGAGGAAGUCCCGGGGCAGACGCAAAAGGGGCGAGGAGUUCCUGGAAUGUACGAAAGGAGUUCCAACCCUUGAAGAAUGUACGAGGAACAUUGUCGAAGGGAGCAAUCGAAGGCUUUUGUCGAAUCUGAACCUCCAAGAUGUCACCGAAUGCAUCUGUUCCGAGAUACCAGCAAACUUUCGCCUCCAUAUCGGCAAGGAAUCGGAGGCGACCCGAGAUUCGCGUUCACCCAGCCCGGAAAUGACUCAUACUAUAAGAAUUGCGAUGAAGCAGCACGAUCGUUCGACUUACGGUCUCAGCGACAACGAAGAAACGGAAGGAAAUAGAAAAUCACGGCCGGAAACCAACGGGAGUAACGCUCGGAGAACGAGGAAAGAGCAGCCUGCAACUGAUGUGUCGGCACAGAAACCUCAGAUCUGGAAUAAGCCGUGAAAAGCAACCGAAAACGAAAACAAGGAAUUAAUCUAAAUUAUUGUGAGACUUUCAUUGUAUUGCCAUGGCUGAUACAUUUGGAAUUUAUGGGUUUAUGGUAAAAAUAUAGCAUAGAUGUAGCUGGACGCUACACCACGGCAAUAUAACAACACUACGCUGCGGAACAUGUCACGUGACAUUACAAUGGAUGAAAAUGUGAAGCAUGGCGAUAUCACGCGUAUGGCAAUAUAACGAUUCACUGUAUAUUGAUGAAAUGUAGUAGAAUGAAGCAGUGAUUGGAAUACUUAGAUUAGCAUAUUUAAUUUGGAUGUACAGUUUUGUAAAUAAUGUA